AUGAAAUUGGACGUGCCCAUGUAUGGUGGCAAGAUGGACAAUGAGGACGUGCUAGAUUGGAUAGAUGCCCUUGAUAACUAUUUUGACUUCAAGGAGGUUCUGGAGGACCAAAAGAUGAACUUGGCCAAGACUAAGUUGAAGGGGUCAACACUGACUUGGUGGAAUUGCACUCAAUCAGAUAAGAUGAGAAGAGGAAAGCUCAAGAUUAACAAUUGGGACAAAAUGGUAGCAAAGGUGAAGGCCCAAUUUCUAUUGGGUGAUUAUGAGGUCCAAAAUUUUAAGAGGUUGCAAAACUUAAAGCAAAAAGAAAUGGAUGUGAUGACAUAUAUAGAGGAGUUCCAUAAAUUGAGCCUGAGGGUAGGGCACCAUGAAGAUGAAGUGGAGAAAAUAGCAAGAUAUGUAAAUGGGUUGAGACAUAGCAUACAAGAUGAGUUGAGUCUAACUACCCCUAGGAGUGCAGAGGAAUGUUUUCAGUUAGCCACAAGAGCAAAAGAGAAGAUUAAAAGGAGGCAAGAGCAGCAGGCCAAAUGUAGAGAAAGGAGGACACAAAUUAUUCAUGAGGAAGAGGCAAAAAGUGUGAAUUCACCUUCAUUGCAGGCAACACCUGAGACUGGAGAAGCUUUGCUUAUGAGGAAGACAUUGAUCAAAGUCCCAACCAUCAAGGAACCACCACAAAGAAAAUCUUUAUUUAGAACCACAUGUAAGGUACAAGGAAAGGUAUGUAAAGUGGUAGUUGAUUUCGAUUCCACUGAUAAUUUAUUUGUAGUAGAGAUGGUAGAGAAGUUAAAACUAAAGAGGAUCCCUCACACCACACCAUAUAAGGUGUCUUGGCUAAAGAAGGGUCAUCAAGUACUUGCCAAUGAGCAGUUUUGGGUGGAGUUCAAAAUUGGUGCUUAUGAGGAUAAAAUUUUGUGUGAUAUCAUUCUCAUGGAUGUGUGCCACAUUUUACUUGGCAGACCUUGGCAAUAUGACAGGGAGGCCCAACAUGAUGGGCAAAAGAAUGUCUAUGUCAUCAAGAAAGGGGGAGUAUCGUUUACACUUACCCCACUAAAGGAAGAUGGGAGUGCAGUCCAUGAAGGACCUAGUGCAAUGGUGGUGAAGGAGAUGCAGUUCAUGAAGAACCUGGAAGAAGAGGAUUGUGGAUAUGCCAUUGUGGGGAAACCAAUUUCAGAAGCAACAAAUAAUGACAACAAGGAAGUACCUAAGGAGGUUCAAACCCUACUUGACAAGUAUGAGGGCAUUGUGGUGAAGGAGUUGCCAAAUUCCUUGCCUCCCAUCCGUGAUGUGAGUCAUCAUAUUGACCUAAUCCCUAGUGCAAGUCUUCCCAAUAAGGCAACAUACAAAAUGAUACCUCAACAAAAUGAGAUAAAAAAUCAAGUGCAAGAAUUGCUAGAUAAGGGUUUCGUAAGGAAAUGUUUAAGCCCAUGUGAUGUGCCAACUGUUUUGGCACCCAAAACAGAUGGAGAUUGGAGGCUUAGUACAGAUUUAAGGGCUACCAACAAGAUAACCAUUAGAUAUAGAUUCCCCAUUCCCCAGAUGGAAAAUCUUAUGGACAGUCUGGCCGGAGCAAGGACAAAGGAAGACCAUUUGAGACACUUGGACAUGGUGUUAGGGAGGUUGGAUGAAGAGAAAUUGAUGAUCAAUCUCAAGAAGUGUGAAUGGAUGAAGGAAGAGUUGGCAGAGGUAUUGGCGGUUACGAGGGCUCAGGCAAAGAUGGCCUCCUACCCAGACCCCCGCAUAGAAAUGGAAAGAGUACGAGAAGCAAGGGCGAAGAUUACUAAGGAGAUGACUGCACAAGAGAGAAAUAGUGGGGAGGCCACAAGCACGUCCCAAACAAAGGGGGAAGAAAACAUCCUGAGGCAAAACUUGCAAAUGGAGGUACCCAUGAGAUUCCAAGACCUCCUCGAAACCAUGCCACACUUAAAAAUGGCUAUCCUAAAUGUUGUGCCCACACAAAGUUACCAAGCGAAGAAGGCUGAAAUCUCUAUAGUCGACCCAAUGUUGUUAGUUGUUAACAGUGGACGCCACCCAGCCGUGGUAGAAAUGGGAAUCCUUGGGACCACCCUAAUGGACACCUUCGUGGACGGAGGGUCAGGAGUAAAUGUGCUCCCAGAGGAGAAAUGGAAGAAACUGGGGAACCCCACGUUGUGGCCCCCCACAUUUAAUCUAUUGGGAGAAGACCAGCAUGGGAUUAAACUCCUCGGGACACUCAUGGCACAACAUGUGAUGAUCGACACAUAG